GUGAAGAGACAUCUGGUUGGCAUUGUCAGGCUAACGACGUCCCCACACCGCCAUUCACGAUGUUCAGGUCAGGCGUCUUGCUGCUUCUUGCUGGCUGGACAUGUGUCCACGCAGUGGUCAGAUACGAUGGACACCGGGUGCUGAGAGUUGUUCCCAAAACAUUGGCUGAAUAUAGAAGAGUUCAGAAGUUGGAGGCUUUUGGAGAAAAGGAUCAUGCAGACAUCUGGCGGAGCAGCAAUGGUGUAGGUAGUCCCUUUGACUUCCGGGUCACCCCAGAAGACUUUAACACCAUGACCAUGUGGUUGCACUUUUACGGUCUGCAAUACGAAGUGAUGGUGAAAGAUGUCGAGGUCGCCGCGCAGAAACAACGACAAUCAAACAACAAGUCUACCAGCGCAAUUGAUUUCGAUUAUGGAAAAUACCAUGACUUUGACGAGGUCAACCAGUGGAUUACCGACAUAGCAGCUGAAUAUCCCGACUUGGUCAGUGUGAUUACGGCGUCCCAAACAUACGAGGGCAGAAACGUCCGCGGUCUAAAGAUAUCGGUGAGCAAUGCAACCAAGCCAAGUCUGUGGUAUCAGGGAGGUAUACACGCCCGGGAGUGGAUCUCUCCUGCCACUGUUAUCUACAUCACAGCACAGCUACUGCAGCAGUACCCGACACGGCCAGAGGUGAAAGAGAUUCUGGAAGGAUUUGACAUCUACGUUGUCCCCGUCCUCAACGCCGAUGGAUAUGCCUACACUUGGACAGGCGAUCGUCUCUGGAGGAAGACGCGAACACAGCAUGGUCUUUGUAAAGGAGUCGACCCAAACAGGAACUAUGGGUUUCAGUGGGGAGAGUCUAGUGGAUCAAGCGGAGAUCCUUGCUCCGAGACGUACCGUGGCCCAAGUGCGUUCUCUGAACCCGUCAUUAAGGGCGUCACCGACUUCAUCAAGGACAGCGGAGUGACCUUCAAGGGAUUCAUCGACUUCCACAGUUAUUCUGAAGUUUGGAUGACAGCAUGGGGAUACACAACUGAUACCCCCAAUGACUUCGACGCCCAGGACGCGUCUUCCGCUGCUGCCACGGCUGCCAUCAAGGCUGUGCAUGGAACCACCUAUGAACAUGGAGCCAUUGCCAGCGUUUUGUAUAUCGCCAACGGCAACGCCGUGGACUGGGCGUAUGGCAGCAUGGGCAUCAAGUACGCUGCCACCCCCGAGCUGAGGGACAAGGGCCAGUUUGGUUUCCUCCUGCCAGCUGACCAGAUCAUCCCGUGUGGGGAGGAGACGCUGGAAGGGUUCCUCGCCUAUGCUAAAUAUGUGCUUGACAACUGAUGUGAAAAACAAAUGACCCAAUAGUAAAACUACGAAAUGUG